AACUUUUCCUGCAAGAAUGGAUCGCGAGACCCCACAAGAGUAGACCGAAAACAAAGGAAGCAGAGGGACAUCCCAAAACCCGAAAGAAAUCGAAUCGAGUUUUGGGGGAAGAAGAGGAAGAGCUCGCGCCGCCUCCCGCACCGCGCCAUGGCCUCCUCCCGCCGCGCGUCGCAGCUGCUGGGGUCUGCCGCCUCCCGCCUCCUCCACGCGCGGGGCUUCGCCGCGGCGGCCGCCGCCGCGCCGUCGCCGGCGGUGUUCGUCGACAAGAGCACCCGCGUGAUCUGCCAGGGCAUCACGGGGAAGAACGGCACCUUCCACACCGAGCAGGCCAUCGAGUACGGCACCAACAUGGUGGGUGGAGUGACUCCUAAGAAAGGUGGAACUGAACAUUUAGGGCUCCCAGUGUUUAACUCUGUAGCAGAAGCUAAGGCUGAAACAAAAGCCAAUGCAUCUGUUAUAUAUGUUCCACCACCAUUUGCUGCUGCUGCUAUAAUGGAGGCAAUGGAGGCUGAGCUUGACCUUGUCGUCUGCAUUACGGAAGGAAUUCCUCAGCAUGACAUGGUGAAAGUGAAGGCUGCACUAAAUAGGCAAUCAAGAACUCGAUUGAUUGGGCCAAAUUGCCCUGGUAUCAUUAAGCCCGGUGAAUGUAAAAUUGGAAUCAUGCCAGGUUACAUCCACAAGCCAGGGCGUGUUGGGAUAGUAUCUCGAUCUGGUACCUUGACAUAUGAAGCGGUGUUUCAAACAACAGCUGUAGGCUUGGGGCAGUCAACUUGUGUAGGCAUUGGUGGUGACCCGUUCAAUGGCACUAAUUUUGUUGAUUGCCUUGAAAAGUUUGUUAACGAUCCUCAGACAGAAGGUAUUGUUCUCAUUGGCGAAAUUGGAGGUACUGCUGAGGAGGAUGCUGCAGCAUUCAUCCAGGAAAGCAAAACGCAAAAGCCUGUUGUUGCAUUCAUUGCUGGACUUACGGCACCCCCGGGCCGUCGCAUGGGUCAUGCUGGAGCAAUUGUGUCAGGAGGAAAGGGUACUGCCCAGGACAAAAUCAAGGCGCUCAGAGAGGCUGGUGUUACCGUUGUUGAGUCACCAGCAAAGAUUGGUUCUACUAUGUUUGAAAUUUUCAAGCAGCGUGGAAUGGUAGAGUAGAAAGAAAAUGGUACAGUAGAGAAAAACAUUGGAAAACUUCUUUUUGGUGCUCGUGGGGUAAUAGCGAGCAAUUCCUUGGUAGAGCCGUGUUUCUGGCCGCUGAACAAAGCUACUAAAGCUUCCUUUUUCUUGCCUGUCUUCAGUGUGAAGCGCUGGCCUGGCCUGGCCUUCUUCAGGAUCACCUUUCCAUGAGCUCGUUUCAAUAAGACAUUCUCGAGUCAUGGACAUGCUAUUUUGCUUGCCGUUGAUGUGGAUACCUAAGCUGUUUCAAAAUUAAUUAUCCUUUGACAA